AUGUAUUUUCCUGACGCUGUAUCUCGACUGCUGUCUGAAUCCGACUCCAAGGGUCUAGACGAUGUCUUCCCAUCGGCUGAUGCGACGAGUGAACUAAACGAUGCAUUCCGACUUGCCCUCAACACCGUCGUGGACAACCUAGGGAGCGACACUUCGUCACCGCCAACUACGCCUACCCCCGAGACGCCUCCUCCCGGAACUCCCCCGUCUUCCCUCUUCUUGACUCUCGACCAUCUAAUUUUAUGGAACGAUGUCUACGAAACGCCUAUCGACUGGGAGAACGCCCCUCCACUGUUGGACAAGACGCACCAACCUAGCUUGAAGGACGAAAUUGAUGUCCUAUCUUUGCUUCCCUACACACCACCCCCGACUUCUCAGCCCGAACGGCUAUACCGCACGGACCAACUGAGUCAGGUUGCUCCUCACCUACCCCAGCUACCACCACCACCACCGCCUGCUCUCGAAUCGCCCAAAGUGGUAAAGCGUCCUCGAAAGGUCACCGCAUAUGCUGGUAAUAUGUCCACGUUCAGCGUCGAUAACUCUAGCUCAGAGGUGCGCUAUAGACGUACUAAGAAGCUGACGCCGAAGCGCCCUCUAUCGGAGCUGCCGGUGGUCACACCGGAUCGCGAAUACUACCCUGCACCGAAGUUGAACGCCGAACCUCCCCCUGGCCAGCUGAACGCGGAUGAGUCUCUCUUCGGCUACUAUCGCACACCAGUGGUGGUGACGGAGAGAAAAGAGGAAAGGGAGACGAAGGAAGAGGAACCUGACAUCGUACUCAUGGGCUUCGGUCACGUUCAGAGGCCUGAUGUCCCAGCGUCGAAUCUGAAUUCGAGCGGCGUCACCAGAACAGCACCAGCUUGCACGACCGACGAGACGAGUCACCAGGGCCGCAAGAGGGGGAGAGACGACGAUAGUCAGGGCCUAGAGAACGCGAAGAGGCCGAAGAUACAAUCCAGCUCGUCCUCGAUGAAGAGGACAAAACAGCAGAAACAUAGACACACAUCGGGAGUGGACACCACGGGGGCUACCAACUCGCUACAUGCGAGGUAUGCUUCUGGUCUCCCUCCUUCACUCGGGGGAACGGGAGCGGCAGAAACAGACGGCGCCUCCGCGAUGGGAGACGCCUUGGGGGAGGGCAUUCGAGGAGGACAGGCCGAUAUCGAGAAGGAAAGAAGGAUCCGGGACGGGCAUGUAGCAUGGUGGCCUGAUUUCGAUGCUCUCUAUUUGAGUUUUACCUUCGACUUGCCAUAUGGCCACACGGGGUGA